AUGGUCAUCGCCAACAAUACCAUGCCUACACGUCUAGUCCCUAGCUCUAGUAACUUGUCGGCCGAUGAUGUAUCCAAGGCCUCGGCAGACUCCAAGUCGAAACGGGACCCCGUCGUCAAAAAGAUCAUGCCUGCAAGUCGAGUCUCUAGCUCUAGUACCAUGCCGGUCGAUGUUGUACCCAAGGCCUCGGCACUCCACUGGGGGAUAUGGGACCCAACUAAUCAUUGGACAUGCCAUAUACGCGAGUUCUUUCUAGCAGCAGGGCCACAAGAAGGCUAUCGCUUCCCACCGUAUUUAGGGUAUGCUGAUUCUGGCCCAUGCCGAGUAGGUGCUAUCUUCUCCAGCCCCAACGACCUGGAUACAACCCUCGUUGCCCCAAAGGUCAUGCCCGACGACUGCAUUGUUUUCCUCUCUCGUGCGAGAACAUUCUCCGAUAGAAGUCUCACAUCGUCUUCUUUCUCCUCCCCCACUGCUGUGCGGAAGUUCAGUUUCCAACAACUCGAACACCACAUGGUCAGCCCGAACGAAUUGGAGAGCAUGAUUGACGCAUCUGUCUGGAAUAAGGUUAAACCGAUCAGCUGGGGGCGCCGCCGCAUCUACAUCAUUACAGGAUUGAAGAUUGCCGAGGGUUUGGAAGUGUCGGACGGUGAAUCUUGCUGGAAAUAUGAUGGUCGCGUCAUCUUGAGCUACCGGAUGCACGAGCUCAGACCCGCGUCGCCGGGAGGGUAUGAUUUCAGACGCGUGUACCCUAACUCUGGGGAUAAGGUACACGACAGUGAUUAUGUUCUUCCCUGGUGGUGA